UGUGAGCCCGGUUUGGGCGCGAGCGUUAUGUACAAUCUACUCUACAAUAAACCACAAAAAUUAAUGUUACUAGCUGGCUGCAGUACCGUCUGUACCACCGUUGCUGAGGCGGCGAAAAUGUGGAAUUUAAUAGNUAAACCACAAAAAUUAAUGUUACUAGCUGGCUGCAGUACCGUCUGUACCACCGUUGCUGAGGCGGCGAAAAUGUGGAAUUUAAUAGUGCUCUGCUACGGUGCCUCCAGUCCGGCGCUCUCGGAUCGCAGUCGCUUUCCAACGCUAUUUCGUACACAUCCCUCCGCUACGGUACACAAUCCGACACGUAUAAAAUUAAUGAAAAAAUUCGGUUGGUCACGUGUGGCCAUAUUGCAGCAAGCCGAAGAGGUCUUCAUAUCGACCGUUGAAGAUCUCGAAAAUCGUUGCAUGGAGGCUGGCGUCGAAAUCGUCACAAGACAAUCAUUUCUAUCCGAUCCAACAGAUGCGGUACGCAACCUACGCCGACAAGAUGCACGCAUCAUAGUCGGUCUCUUCUAUGUGGUGGCGGCGAGGCGUGUACUUUGUGAAAUGUAUAAACAGCAAUUGUAUGGGCGUGCGCAUGUGUGGUUUUUUAUAG